AUGGCGCCGCAACCACCACAAAACUUGAAGGAUAUAACUGACCCAUCUGAUUUCAAGUAUACAACUAUUCCAAACUUGGCUGAGCUAGAUGUGUUGGAAAGAUGUUACAUAUGUAAAGAAUUUUUUCGAGCACCAGUCAUCACUUCAUGUCAUCACACAUUUUGUUCACAAUGUAUUCGAGAGUACUUGAUUACAAACAACCUAUGUCCUUUAUGUAAAACUGAAGUUUACGAAAGUACGUUAAAGCGCGAUGUAUUGUUGGAAGAGAUUGUUGAAUGCUAUAAAAAGAUCAGACCGCUACUAUUGCAAAAUCUUGACAACUCAAGCAAUCAGCAAAAGAAACGAUAUCGAGAGGAUAGUACUGAAAUAGCAGGGAGUGAUUCAGACGUGGAAACAAUUAGCUCCAAGAGGGUAAAGGAGUCUCUCGAAGAUCCUGAAGAGCAACCACUCCCUGUCAGGAAAGAGGAACCUGAACAAGAUUUAGCUGAGUGCCCCAUUUGUUCCAAAAAAAUGGAUGCUGAAAGGUUACAAACUGUACAUAUAGAUGCAUGUUUAAGUGGGAAAGAGGAACCGUCAAUAACUCGAAAUGGUACUGUGAGAUCCUCCAUAUCAUCGUUUUUCACAACAGUCAAGUCUGCAUCUCCCACACCAUCUCCAGCAACAGCGACAGCACCUCCUCCUCCUCCCCCUUCACAAAAACAACAAUCUAUAGAACCCAAACCAGCCCCGAAACGAUUACAAAGGUUAGAUUUUGCAUCUUUAAGCACACCAAAGCUAAAAGCAAAGAUGACUGCAUUGAAACUACUGACCCUCGGUACAAGGCAUCAAUUGGAAUUGCGAUAUAACAAGUAUUUUGUCUUGUACAAUUCCAAUUGUGAUAGUCAAUAUCCAGUACCUCAACAUGUUUUACGUCAACAACUUAAGCAAUGGGAAAUAUCAAAUCCAAGUUUUACAGUUAAUGGGUUGACAAGAAAUAAUGAAGAUAUAUCAGAUUCCAAUUUCUCAUCCACUGAGUGGUUGAAGAAAUAUGGUACUGAAUUUAAAGAACUCGUCAAUCAAGCAAAGGGGAAUUCAGGGUAG